GUCUGAGAUCGAGAUUCUUGAGGAUGAGGAUGAGGAGCCGACUGAAGAACAGGUGCUGGAAUAUGCGGAGUUUUUGGGGAUGGACCUCGACAAAGAAAGGCAUUUGCUGUGGAUAGCACGGGAUGGAGUUGCUGCGCCAGUUCCGCAUCCGUGGAAGACUUGCACAGAGAAGGGGGAGGUCUUCUACUUCAACUUUGAGACAGAAGAGAGCUCCUGGGAUCAUCCUUCCGAUUCCCGCUUUAGAGCCCUGCUGGAAGAGCACCGGAGCAAAGCGCAAGAGGAUAAGGAUCAAAGUGAGAAGGAUGCUGACGGAGGUGGUGCCGAUGCGGACGGUGAUGCCAGCUUCGUCUCCUCGAUGGUGGCCAGCUCUGAGGGUGACAUGGAGCCACCGCCCAAGGAGCCUUCCGAAGGUUCUCCUUGGUCGGCAACGUCGACUCCUCGCUCCGAGUCAGGUGUUCAGCAAACAUAUGCCCGGCUGAAUGUGACAGAUGCACAAAGGGCCAUGGGCAUGUCCAAAGUGAAGAACCAAGAAGGUGAAGCGUCCAUGGAGCUGCAAAGCGUUGACUCGCGCGACUUCAGGAGCGACAAUGAAACACCUGUGAAUGAUAGGGCGGACUCCCCGGCUUCGGCGGGUCAUGGUGGACAGAGGCUCCGCGUCGGGCUUGCGGAGGGAAAUCAGGGCCACGGCGCUUCCAACAUGAGCGAGGUGUCCGAAGACUUUCACAGUGACUGGGGAGCGCCGAGUCCGCUUGGCUCAAGCGGGCCAGGAGGCCCGGCAGCGGCACCGCACAGCCUAGAGGUCUCUGCGUCAGACGUCUCCGUGUCUGGAGCACUCCCGGUGUGCAGGAUCAAGUCUUGGUCAUUUCUCCAAGAGGAACUGACCAAUUUGACACAGGCGCUCCGAGCAACUCAGAAGCUUCGCGAAGAGCAAGCAGCAUGCCUUCGAAGGUUCAAAGGGGAAGUGCAGUAGGUUCAAGCUGUGUAAAUAAAAUCAUGUUAGGUGUUUCACUGGCUCGGCAAAAUCCGAAGCUUGUAUGUCCCAAGUCCGAGUGCCAAAGUCAUGCUCUCGGCUGGUGAUCGUCUUACAUGACAUCACUCGCCAAUGCUAACACUGCCUUGCGGUUUGCACGCUUCCUGCAGCUUCUUGCAGUCUGGUCUCUCAAUGUUCCAUGCAUUUACUCAUUCC